AUGACGGCCACGACAAUUCCGCAGCCGCUUGAGGGCCUGCCCAUGCAGCCGUUGGACACCAAUCCUGGUGUCGAUGUUGCUCAUAGCCUAUUCCAGAGGCCUCUCACCGACGUCUCUCAGUGGUUGGAUGGUGCCUACUGCCCUCCUAACCCAUGCACAUACUGUCGCAGACACCGUCUACAGUGUCUCAUUAUCCGUACCACAGCGGCGAAUCCCAACCCUGUCACCUCAUGUUCCAGCUGCGUCGCCCUCUUCCGCGAGUGCAGCCUCGCCCAGGGUGAAAAGCGUAAGGCAUCCGGCUUCGAGACCUUGUCCCCUGUUCUGGGCCAUCUUCACGGUCUCCGUGAGAUAUGUGAAGAUAUCCCUGCUGGAUGUGAAUACCGCCCACCCACUAUUCCGGACGAAACCAAGCCACGCGAGCUCGAAUCCAAGCAAUUCGUCAGAAAGGGAACACGAGUACUGCGGGCUUGGUUCCUCCAGAACCAGGCCCGCCCGUAUCCCACGGAAGACGAGAAGGCACAACUGAUGCAUGAAACAGGGUUCUCAAGACAACGCAUCUCCACCUGGUUUGCCAAUGCGCGGAGACGUCAGAAACAAAAACGGAUACAACAACAACCCUCUCUCAAUGGCUCAUCUCUCCCCGUGCGCACCCACCGUGCCGGGUCCCCUAUGCCCAUCAUGUCAUGGACCUCCAUGACCCCCUUGGAACGAUGGCAGGCGUCUCCCCCGGAAGACGACCCCGUGCCCGAAUCAGCCAUCCGCGACGCCAUCUCCUCGGCAGGACCCGACGACUGGGAUCCCUCGUCUCACGACGAGUUAUUCUCAUUCAUUAACUUCGCCGAACCCGAACCCGAAUCCCAAACCUCAACCUCAUCACACCUGGACUCGUCGGCCGAUGGCGGCUUCGGUAGCAAACGAUCGGACGCCUCAUCUGAUAGCGUCUCUUCCACAUGGAGCCACCAAUCCGACGGAGGCGUCCCACUCCCAUUCCCCCGACGUCCAUCACAUCUACGUCAUCGCUCCUCAUCCUCUCGACUCCGUCCACCCUCCUCCACCCCUUCAUACCAAUGCACUUUUUGUCCACGGUCCUUCAAGAAGAAAAACGACUGGACCCGUCACGAAUCCAGCAUCCAUCUCCCCCUCGACGUCUGGAUCUGCACCCCGAGUCUAUUCGACCUCGAACCAUACCUCCUCGAACCUUCCAAAUCCACAUCUGCAUCCACAUCCAGGCACGAGCCCAAACACAAACCUGAAUCGGGAUCUAGGUCUGGACCUGAAUCCGAAUCCUGCCACUUCUGCAAUCACCCCUCCCCCACACACACCUCCGAACACGACUUCCACGUCUGCUCAGAAACGCCCCGCAGCCAACGAUCCUUCCCGCGAAAAGAUCACCUCUGGCAGCAUCUCCGGAAAUUCCACGGCUGCACGAAACUGCCCGUUCCGGACCUCGACGCCUGGAGAUCCUCCUGUCGGGACCGAGUGCGCAGUCGUUGUGGAUUCUGCGGUACGGCGCUGGCAUCGUGGGAUGAGAGGGCCGAUCAUUUGGCCAGGCACUUUCGGGAGGGUUGGCGUAUGGAGGAGUGGUUGGGUGAUUGGGGGUUUGAGGACGAUGUGCAGACUGUUUUGAGACGGGCUGUGGUGCCGGCGAUGAGGAUGUCGGGUAGAAAUGGAACUUGA